UUAUUUCUCUGUAGUAAUGAAUGCAAUUGUUGGUGUUUGUUAAAUAAUGGUCAGGUCAUUAAAUGUUCAGUUUCAGUGCCAUAUGACAGAUUAAGGGUAAUAAUGAGAUAAAUACAGUACUAAGGUCAUUAUUGAUGUCCACAUUAAUAUUAAAGUCACCUCCAAUAAUCACUGUUUUAUCUGAAAGCUGUAAAAUUGAUGAAAAAGCUGAGAAUUCAGAUAAAAACUAUUUCCCAGGUUCAUCGUCUGAAAGAUCAUUUAAUCCACAGACAUAAUGGACAGUAACGUCACUGGAGCGUUGGGGCGUGGUUUGUUGUAUUCUGUAUGCGUCAGGUUCACUAGAGUAGUUCAGUAGUCAUCAUGGCGGCAGUCCGAUCGUACAGCGUUUACAUCCUUCUGUAUUUCUUUUGUUUCCUGGCUGCACAAGAACAACAUGUGAUAUCAGUGAAACCUGGAGAUGAUGUCACUCUGCCAUGUUCAGCUGGUGAUGGCUCCAUCAGAGCUGUAGAGUGGACCAGAACUGACCUGGAGCCAGAGUACGUCCUCUAUUACAGAGACGGACGCUCAGAUCCAACCUACCAACAUCCAUCCUUUAAGGGUCGGGUGGAUCUGACAGACAGAGAGCUGAAGGAUGGAGACGUGUCUUUAGUUCUAAAGAACGUGACCAUCAGUGACAGAGGAACAUACGAGUGUCGAGUUGCUACAGGUGGUCCAAGCCGUCGUAAGAGAGCCAACAUUGAGACUGACCCAAUCAGAACCAUCCAACUGGAGGUCACAGCCUCAGGUUCCAACAGCAAAAACACCAUGGAUGGAGACUACAAAGACACAACCAACAGGGAUGGAAACAAACACAUUGGACUGAUAGUUGGACUGAUAGCUUUCGGUCUGAUUAGUUCAGCUGUUGUUGUUGGAAUGGUUCUCUGGAAGAAAAAGAGACACACAGACAGUAAAUCAGAACCAGCUGCUGAUAAAGCAGUGGGUGAUCAGCUCUUCUGAACCUCUACAGAGCUCUUUAUACCAAAGUCAUGUUGAACACUUUCUGUGGGCCAUUUGUAAAUCUGCUGUUUGAGGCUCUCCAUCAUCAUGGACUGCAUGGUUCAGGUUACCUGUAGCAGAGUGAGUAGGGGGGCAGAGCCACACCCACAGUUCUCCAGAGACCCACCAUUGACCCAGUUCAUCUGACUGAAGAUGCAUAUCCGAGCGGGGCACUGUGGCACUGUGGUGGGGCACUCUAGGACCCCUCCCACCCCGGCAACAAACUCUUUGAACCCCUUCCCUCUGGCAGGAGGCUGCAAUCAGGACCAAAACCUCUCGCAACAAGAACAGUUUCUUCCCGUCUGCAGCUUCAUUAACAAGGCCCAGACCCCCUCUGUCACUGAGUCUCAUACCCACCCUGUAUAUAUAAAUUAAUGCACUCCCCUCUUCUGCAGUUUUCUUUUCUUAUCUUUCUUUUCUUUAUUUAUUGUUGCUUUUAAAAGUUUUUUUUCACUUUUUUUUGUAUAUUUGUAUAUUUUAUGCACCAAUGCACCUUCGUCCUAGGUAUAUAAACCUACUGGGCAAUAAACGUCAUUCUGAUUCUGUUUGUAUUGUCGCUGUAUUGUCGUCAGCCAGGGCUCCUAACUCUGACCUAAUGUUGAGUGAGAACAUCAACCCCUGUAUCUGACAGAGUGCUGCUGUUAGCUCUGCAGACAAACAGGUGAAGAUGUUAGCUGGGAGCUAGCUCUGUGCAGGUCGCUGAAAGCAACCGUGAUGAUGAUGAUGAUGAUGAUUGAUGAUAGUUUUUUGUGUCCAACCGUGUUCGACUGUUUGCACAUUUCAUACAGGCUGCAGUGGAUUCACAUCAUUUUGACUCGAUUACAUUCAAACUGACUGCUGCUGGAUGAAAACUUCCUGGUCAGCUGUUUAAUAUCCAUUAUUCAUGAUCAACGCCAUGAAGACAAGUACCUGUCUCACACACCGGCUGCCCUGUCUCUCUCUCCAUGUACAGACUGUGUGUCUGUCUGUUAAACAUCCACCAGAUAACAUCUCUCUCUCUGUUGCUCUGCAAAAUGCUGAAAGAACAAACCUUCCUCUGGACUGAACUAAUUGGUCCAGCAGACUACUGCAUUUAGAGAGGAGAGGGUGAUUACUCAUUCAUCAACUCACCUGGUGCUGCUCUCACAAGCCUUCCCCACUCCUUUCUGUCUCCUGCAGUGUAAACCACCCACAUAUAUUCUAUGUGGUAACUGAUUGUGUAUUAAUUGUGUGACUUUCUGGCCAAAAGUAGUGCUGUUAGUUGCUGCAUGUGGGCUUUCUUUCAUUUUAUGUUCCAGACAGAUCACUGAGGUCCUCCACUGCUUAUUGCACUUCUUUUUUUUGAGUAUUUCAUUGUGUACAUUGUUUUGCCAGUGAUGUAAAAACAGGAGCCUUAACUUUUCCUAAAUGCACAUAUUCUGUCUCAUAAAGAGAGCGCACAUUGUGUUGUUUUACUGGGUCUCAAUGUUUUGUCAUUUUAAAAAAAGUGCCUCCCCAGAAAAACUACUACUAAAGUUGCUUUAGUAUUCAUGAUGAGGGGAAAUAACCUGAACCUCCCUUUAGAAUCAUCUCCCUCUGGUGGCUGUUAGCUUGUACACUGCGAUAGCAUCUCAUGGUUAAAGUGAACCAGCAGUUCAUUUUAAGUUCUGAAAGUAAUAAACAUUUUUAAUCUGAUUACACUGAGUGAAUGUCUUUUAUUAACUUAAUGUAAUCAGAUUAAAAAUGUUUAACAGCCACAGCCUGUUCACCCUGCUGCAUUCUGGGAAGAGGUACAGAAGCUCUUGCUGCCGUACCUCCAGACUUCUUCCCUCAGGCAGUGAGUCAUUAUGUAAAAUACUUUUAUUUAAGGGACUACAGCUGGUAUUUCCUUGUACUACCCUGUGUUGUAGGAUGAUACAUGAACCUGGAAACAGCACUGAAACAGUGCUGACACUGAUGCUCCUGUGCUGCCCCCUGCUGGCUGUCUGACUGCAUUGUGAUGCUGCUCUCUUCAGUGAUUGGCUCAGCUGCUGCACUGACUGCUUACAGACUCACACAGUGAUGAUGAUUUAUAUUUAAUGUGUCACAAAUUAAUAAAAGCCCUGCAAUACA